GGUCUGCUUUGGAUAGCAGCUCAUAUAAAAGCCCCUCUCCUCGUUUGAAACCAGCCUCCGACUUGAUUCACAUUAUCGACGAGCCUCAAGCCAUAACAUUUCGUCUCGUCUCGUCUCGUCUCGUCUCAACUCUUAAAUCUUUCGCAACAAGAAGUUCUCGAAUUCUGCACUUAGCACGAUGUACCUUAUCGUGACUGCGGCUGUGGCCGCGGCCAUCCUGCUGCUAUCAGUAUGGAGACGGAGGUGGCGAUAUGCCCUGAAGAUGUCAUCAUCCCCAAGAACCAUCCAAGAGAAGCCGUCUAGAUUUGAUAUUGAGCCUCUGAGCGAAUUCGAUUGGCGACAAAAUGACCCAAUCAGCUACCGGUCUUUCAAGCCCGUCUACCACAUCACGAUGGCCAUCCAGGCAAGUGCGCCUGAAGAUCUCAUCAUUUUUGACAAAGCCUACUUGGAUCGAGUUACAAAUCGUCGGAAGAUUUUGAAGGAGAAUACGUCAAAGGUUGCUGGCGCGGUGCCGGAAGGUAUCCCGGCUCUUCAUGAGACUUGGACUUAUCUGCUUUCCGAAUAUUUGCCAACGCGUUACCCGACCAUGUUCUCCCUUUCCGAAGAUGGGGCCAUCUUUCAGAACCGUAUCACCAACAUCUCCUUGCCCACAACGCCACCCGAAGACCCGGACAUUGCACUCCGGGCCCUCGGAGAAACUGUGGAAGACGACAUUUUUCUACUAGUCGAAACUCCUGAAGGCCAUCGCGCGGUUGCGUUCGUUUGCUGCCACCCAGCUGGAUUUGAUCCUUCCGAUAAGCUAGGGAAGCUUCUGAAGGAUAUACACCAACCAGUGCCGUCAUAUGACAAGAUAGGGGCAAGUAUGGAACGUUUCUUCAGUCGAUUGCAGGUGGGGAAGAGCGUCAAAAGGACGAAUUGGUCUGUCUCAACCCACGAUAAAUUAUUCAGUCCGAAUGACUUGCACAUCCACAAUGCCGACAGCGUAGAGGAAGGCAAGGACGUUGACAUUAGCAAGGCUUGUUUGCGUCAGGAGUUGCAGACGCUGACAAGACUGCCGGAGACUGGAGCGAUUCUGUUCUCUUUCAAGACCUAUUUGACCCCCAUAGAACAAAUUAAGAACGAGGGGUACGGACUACAGCUAGCAGACGCCAUAGAGGGCUUGAAGCGUGGCAAUGCGCCGGGCAUGUGGGUUUACAAAGGGGCCGUACGUUGGGGGAAGAGCGUUUGCGAAUUCCUUCGGUCAUGAACAGCCAUCAAGGCGUGCUGCAUGGGUAACUGCAUGGAUAGUUGAUGCAUCGCGAUUGCACACAGACAAGGCGACCACCUAGUUGAAGCUGAGAUGCUACGUUUGCCUUUCCCCUUUGUGUCAUGACUUGUGGUCUUCGCAUUGAACCGGACUCGGGAGCCACGGCAAACGGUGGGAAUAGCGGAGUCACGGACCGGGGAAUGGUCGUCUCGGCGGGCGAUCUCCCGCCUCAGUCCUUGAGCAAUAACCGAUGACAUAAUAGAAUCUCGGCUGUACCAGGUUGCGUCAUCGG